AUGAAAAUUCUAUCAAAUGGUACCAGUGUUCUCAAUGACAAUAUUAAAGUACCAUCACGAAAACUAGAUACGCUUCUUGGUCAACGGCGGCUUCAGUUAUUAGCUGACGCUGUUGAGAAGGUAGAGUAUGAAGAUCAGAAGCAACAGCAUUUAUCCUCAACCUCGCCAUCGUCAACAACAUCAAAUGAUGAAAACUAUCCACAAGCAACAGAGUCAAUAGAAUCACUCACCGAUUCUUCGUUGAUGUUAUCACUUCAACAAACACAAUAUGAUAUUCUAUUAAAAUACAUAACCGAAACUUUACAACCAAAAGAACAUCAACAACUUGAUCUUCGCUCGAUAAUUCAAAAGCAUUCAGCCAACUUUAGUACCCCAGCAGAUGAAUGUCCACUUGAUUUUUCGAAAACAAAACAAGAUGAAUCGCAUUGUUCAACGGAAUCAGCCACAGAUGAAACCUUAUCCCUACCAUCAUCAGUAAGCAGUAUUGAUUCACCAAUAAAAAACAGCUCAUCGUCCACGCAUGCAUUUAUGAUUACAAAUAAAAAUGGAAAAACAACACGACCUUUUAAAGCAUAUCCAAAAGAUCCUCUAUCAUUACCGAUCGGGUUUUACUCACCACUGGCUCAACGGGGUGCAAAUACCACAUCGGAAAACCUUCUGAAUGUUCUUGCAUCGUCAGACGAUGAUUUUAGCAGACGAUUUCGUAAACGUAUUCAACAUGCACAAGAGAGAAUGGUACAACGUCUAACAUCUAAACUCGAUUCGCCAAUAAAACAAGAAGAGUUAAAUUUGAUUUCAAAUCUUGUCACAGCAUCACCUGGCAUGCAAAUUAUACAACCACCGAAAAAACGUCAUAGAUCAGAAUUAUCGGAGACUGUUACACAAGGACCAAUACAACGACAAAGUUCUCAUAUAACUGUUGAUAUGUGUGGUGAUAUGUUAAAAGAUGAUGCUUAUAGAGAAAGAAGGCGAAAAAACAACGAAGCAGCUAAACGAAGUCGAGAUGUGAGAAGAUACGAUCGUAUACGAUUUGCUUGA